AUGCUCCUCUUCUCUGCGCCGCCUGCCGGCCUGCCCCACGCAUCCCCCUCCACUGCUAUCCCCUCCACUGCUAACCCCUCCACUGCUAUCCCCUCCACUGCUAUCCCCUCCACUGCUAUCCCCUCCACUGCUAUCCCCUCCACUGCUAUCCCCUCCACUGCUAUCCCCUCCACUGCUAUCCUCUGCUGCCGUCGUUGGUCCCUCUCCAGUGGGCCGCUGUGCUCAAUGGAACGGGAAUCCUUGUUAUUGCACACCCCCCUUUCUAUCCUCCGCGCCACUCCACUGCUAACCCCUCCAGUGCUAUCCUCUGCUGCCUUCGUUGGUCCCUCGUCAGCGGGCAUAUGUGGCAUCGGGCGCAUGUGGAAGCUACAGGCAGAACCCGUGCCAGGCGGGCGCGUGCUUCGACAACCGUGCCCGGAGCUACUUCACAUGCAUCUGCCCGCCCAAGUACCAACAGACUUCCAACGGUUGUGGGUGUCAGAGUCUCGUGAGGUGCAAGAGGUCACUGGCGAUGACUGGACGUGCAAGGACGUGUACUCCAUGUUUGGGCUCACGCUCAAGGAAUUCGUGGGCAUGAACCCCGGUAUUGAUUGCUCCAAGGUUAUCAGUACAAAGUACGUGAAUGUGAAGGAGUAUUUUCCAGCUUGCUCUGCCUUCUACUACGUCCAGCCUAAUGACACUUGCGCCUCGGUGGCCAAGUUUCUCAACAUCUAUGAGGAAGACCUGUGGAGGUACAACCCCGGGAUGAUCAACUCCUGCUCACGCCUCCCUGCGUUCCGCUCUCUCUGCAUGGAGCGAGAACCCUCCAAGGCCAACUGGGACUGUGUGAGCCGCGCACUGGCCCCCGGUGUGGUGAACUGGAAGCGGUUUGCCGUGGCCAAUGGCGCCAGCACGCUGGACCUCGUCAGGCUGAAUCCAUGGCUGGCCUUUCGCGAUGCUGAGAGCGAGAACGAUUCUGAAUAUGUUUGUGUGUCUGCCACCUACAGCUAA